GGAUCAUCCCGCUCGUGUGAGUUAUAUUUUCUCCAAAUCUCCCAUAGUUCCACCUCUUGCUUUAGUUGCUUCUUGUAUUGGUCUUGGUCCUCUCUCCAUCAGAUUCGAUUCCACUACAAUCUUCCCUUUAAAAAUUCCGGAUGAACUGAGAUUUCUUGAAUUGAUUUGCUUCUGUGAGGUUUUAAGUAUUUCUGAGUGAUAAGUGAUUAUGGCAACACGGCGUAACGUGCAGUAUUCACGUCUACCUGUAGACGAUGAUGAUUAUAAUGGAAGUUCAGAUGAUCCGCGGUUUGCAUAUACUCCGAAAUCAUUCGAUAAGAUUCCAUGGAAGUCCAUUUUACUAGCGCUUUUCCUUCUCUUGCUUGGAUCGUUGCUUCUUUUUCUGGCUUUCUUUAUCUUAUCUGGUCACAUGGGAGGCGAAAAAUCUCAGGCUUAUGGUCUCUUUACACUUGGUGUCCUCGCAUUUCUUCCUGGGUUUUACGAGACCAGGAUAGCUUACUACUCAUGGAGGGGAGCACAAGGGUAUCGGUUCGCGUCUAUCCCUGGUUAUUGAGGUUGUUUGGGAGGUCUCUUCUUCAGGAUCGGUUUUGUCCUGGUUGAUUCACUAGCAUAGUGGCAUGUAACUAUCGAAUUGCAGUUCUCUCCAGACGUAGUCUUAGUAGUUUCAUAAUGGUUUCAUGAUCGAAUAUUUCAUUUUGUGUUGAGAAUGAUCCAUGCCUUUGUAUCUCUCAAUAUAAGUACGAGUGUGUACUAAAUGUCUUUGGUAUGUGUAUAUAUGAGGAUUAUGCGAUGAAUGGUAUCUGCGGUAAAACUGUACAUGAAUCUAGAGCUCAUUGAAUUGUUUCGCCAGUCAAUUAUUUUCGGGCUCAGGUUAUCAGUCA